AUGUUUUUAUUCUUUCUCUUAAUAUUUGCUCCACCACUGAUAUUUGCUGAUCAACCUUCGCACCACCCCGUUCUGGAUAUUCUGAACGGACCCCACUAUUCCAAAGACAUUCGCCCCCUACCAAUAACGCCCAACAACCCCACAGAAUCAAACUCUACCGGAAACGCCACAGUGAUUAAGGUCAACAUUUCAGUUAAAAAAAUAGAUCGAAUCGACGAACUGAAAAUGGAGUUUGCUGCGCAACUCGUAUUUCGUCAGAUGUGGCAAGAUCAGCGUCUAAUGUAUAACGGGUCACCAGAUCUCUUCUUCACCAAUGAAGGAGCCUCCUCUAUUCACAAUACGUUUAAAUUGAACACUUUCAAAAGAGUCUACCCUAACGGCCAAGUGAUAUGGAGCUCCCGGAUCACGGUCACAUUCGGCUGCCAAAUGGAUCUCACCUAUUUCCCAUUCGAUUCCCAAAUUUGUUCCAUGGAAAUAUCUGAAUAUUCUGAAACCAUUGGACACAUCCUGCUCGUAUGGGACGGUGACGACCCUGUCGAAUUGGUCGAGUCGAGAAAUAGCCGCCUGUCCCAAUUUACCUUGACAGAUAUUAAAACAUCUGGCCGAUCGUCUGGGCGAUUGGGGGUGUGGAGAAUGGGGGAUUUUAGCAAAAUCUCGGCCGACUUUUAUCUUCGCCGACACUCCACGGUCUACAUGUUGCUGAUUUACCUUCCUUCCACGCUGAUUGUAACGCUGACCUGGAUUAGUUUCUGGCUUGGUCCAUCGAUAAGUGCGAGGUUAUCGCUAACCCUGACUCUUCUUUUAACGAUGACUGCACAAAUUCAAGGUGCGAAUCAAAAUCUGCCAAAAGUUUCGUACGUUAAAGCUGUUGACGUUUGGACCGGAUUUUGUACGACUAUUGCAGUUUUGGCAAUUAUGGAAACUGCCACGGUGGCAUUUUUACUUCAAAGGAAUAAGAUAUUUUUUACUCCUGUGGGUGAUGAGGAGGAUAAUUUGAAGGAUGAUAAGCAGGAAAGAAUUUCGAGGUAUAAUUCCUUUGCGAGGAAGAUGGAUAAGCUGUGCAGCAUCCUGUUUCCUUUUACGUUUGCUACAUUUACGAUGUGCUAUGUGUUUGUGUAUGUUGUCUAAUGGAAUAUGUACAUAUGCAUAUCACAUUAAUUUACUGAUGAACUUUGAUUUAAGUCCGGAGAUCAAUUGCAGCUAUUAUUUAAAUACAGCAUGGUCUUAAAAUACGUUUAAGUUACAUUGGAUUGGAUGCAAGUUGUACGACUAACUGCUUUGAUUCAUCCAUAAAUUAAAUCUUAUACAUAAAUCUCUCGAUUUAAUGGAAAAAAUGACGGUCAUUAUAUUAUCGUUAAUAAAUACAAUCAAAUCGUUUUGCAUCGUGAAUUUUUAAGCUAAUGGUAAUUUACAAAAUACAUGACGUCGUUUACUGCUGA